AUGGAUCCGCGCUCGCCCCGGGGCCACUCUGAGGUGAUGGCACCGAAACCGACGCGCACCCUCGGCGGGCCCCCGCCCAUGCCUGUCGAUCCGCCCGGCCCAAGGCUUCAUCCGCGCCCCCGCCCCUCGCCGCCCGCGCACCCCGGCCGUGUUAAAAGACGGAAGCAGUCGCCCAGGUCUCGCUACCCCACACCCCCAGGCAGCACAUCGUACGCGGGUCAGGAGCAGGCCACCGGUGCGCUCGCACGGACACAGCGGGUCCAGCUACGCCUACAGCCCCGCACGGUGGAACCGGCACCAACGCCCUCCGCCCGUCCACCGGCCCACGUCCACCGACCCACGCGCACAUCCCGCCCCGCCCCGACACCCUCGACGAGCCGAGACCGCACCGGCCACGACGCCAACACCGGAUUGACCGAGUGCACAGUCGUGUUCAAUGCCGCCUUGCAGGACCGGCGUUGGCUCGUCGUCGCAACCUGCAAAGUGCCUCCGGCCGGUGACCCCCUCACCGUCGCGGACGUCCUGCGCGACAUCGGCAAGAAGAUGCAGCACAGACCUGCCUGGGCCAGCCACACGGGCCCGACUGUGCGGCUGCCUUCAUACUGGGGGAAUUCGCCGUUGUACCAGGAGACCGCCACUGCGGGCAGCUCUAGGCUAAUAUCGCUUGGUCCCUUGCAACACGUCUCGUGA